AUGAAUGAAUGCUUGAAAGUACAAAAACCAGAUGAUGUAUGCAUGAAAUAUGCAAUUAUAUCACACAAUAUCGAUUUUGUCACAUUUUUGAUGAAUGAACAUAACAAAAAAAUUGAUUUAGAAUUGUGUUCUCAAUACAAUAAUCUUCAAUCAUUUUUAGUUUACUUGGAUCAAACAAAUGACAUCAACACAUGUUUUGUUUAUUCUCCGAAUUUCCAUCUUUCAUCAGUUUUAGGAUAUUUUAUUUCAAAUGGCGCAGAUAUCAAUGCUAAAACUAAAAAUGGAUGUACCCCUCUUCAUUAUGCAGCCAAUAACAAUAGUAAAGAAACAGCCGAAAUUCUUAUUUCAAAUGAUGCAGAUAUCAAUGCUAAAACUAAAAAUGGAUGUACCCCUCUUCAUUAUGCAGCCAGAGAUAAUAGUAAAGAAACAGCCGAAAUUCUUAUUUCAAAUGGCGCAGAUAUCAAUGCUAAAGACAAAGAUGGACGUACAUGA